AUGUCAGCAGUAUCAGCAUCAAAAGCAAAGAGAGAAGCAAAGCGUUUAGAAAGAGAAGCUAAAAAGGCCGCAGAUGGAAAGAGCGUCAAAAAGACCAAGAAGCAAGCUGAAAAGGAUGCCGCUGAGGAAGUUGUUGAAGGUACUGCAGAACAAAUCGCCAAGUUGAAAUUGCAAACAGAUGAGCAUGGAUUGUCUGAUAGAGUUACUACAGGUGUCUUGGCUUCGUUAGAGACAUCGAGAGAUAUUAAAAUUUCGUCAUUGUCACUUUUGUUCCAUGGUAAGGUUUUGAUUCAGGACUCUACAUUGGAAUUGAAUUAUGGUCGUAGAUAUGGUUUAUUGGGUGAAAACGGAUGUGGUAAGUCUACAUUGUUGAAGUCCAUUGCAGCAAGAGAGUUUCCAAUUCCAGAGCACAUUGAUGUUUACUUGUUGAAUGAGCCAGCUGAACCAACUGAGUUUUCAGCUUUGGAGUAUGUUGUUAGAGAAGCCGAACACGAAAUGAAAAGAUUGGAAGACUUGGUUGAAGAUCUCAUUGUUAAAGAAGGACCAGAAUGUCCUGCUUUGGAAGGUCUCUACGAAAAAAUCGAUGACAUGGAUCCAUCCACAUUCGAAUCUAGAGCAGCUGUUAUCUUGACCGGUUUGGGUUUCAAUGGUGUUACAAUCAAAAAGAAGACUAAAGAUAUGUCUGGUGGUUGGAGAAUGCGUGUGGCCCUUGCUAAGGCGUUGUUUGUUAAACCAACUUUGUUGUUGUUGGAUGAUCCAACGGCGCACUUGGAUUUGGCCGCUUGUGUUUGGUUGGAAGAGUACUUGAAGAGAUUCGACAGAACCUUGAUUUUGGUUUCACACUCUCAAGAUUUCCUUAACGGUGUUUGUACCAAUAUGAUUGAUAUGAGAUUGAAAGUUUUGACCAUGUACGGUGGUAACUACGAUUCAUAUGUCAAGACCAGAACCGAAUUGGAAACCAAUCAAAUGAAGCAAUACGCUAAGCAACAAGAGGAAAUUGCCCACAUCAAGAAAUUUAUCGCAUCAGCAGGUACUUAUGCAAACUUGGUGAAGCAAGCCAAGUCAAGACAAAAGAUUUUGGACAAGAUGGAGGCCGAUGGUUUGAUCCAACCGGUUGUGCCAGACCGUGUCUUUUCAUUUAGAUUCCCUGAGGUUGAGAAAUUGCCACCACCAGUGUUGGCAUUCGACGAUAUGUCUUUCUCUUACUCUGGUAAGGACGAAGAUAACCUUUACGAACACUUGGACAUUGGUAUUGAUAUGGACUCGAGAGUUGCUCUUGUUGGUCCAAAUGGUGUGGGAAAAUCUACAUUGUUGAACUUGUUCCAAGGUAAGUUGACUCCUCAAAAGGGAAGAGUCAUUAAGCACACACACAUCAAAUUGGGUGUUUACUCGCAACACUCUGCUGACCAAUUGGACCUUACUAAAACUCCAUUAGAGUUUGUUCGUGACAAGUUUGCAAACAUUUCACAGGACUACCAAUACUGGAGAAGUCAAUUGGGUCGUUAUGGAUUGAGUGGUGAAGCUCAAACAGCACAGAUGGCCACUUUGUCAGAAGGUCAAAGAUCACGUGUUGUGUUUGGUCUUCUUGCAUUGGAAGCACCAAACUUGAUCUUAUUGGAUGAACCUACAAAUGGUUUGGACUUGUCGACCAUUGAUUCCUUGGCAGAUGCCAUCAAUGCAUUCAACGGUGGUGUUGUUGUCGUCUCGCACGAUUUCAGAUUGCUUGACAAAGUUGCCAAGGAUAUUUUUGUGAUUGAGAACAAGACCGCUACUAGAUGGAACGGUUCUAUCUUGGACUAUAAAAAGACAUUGGCAGACAAGGUUGUGCUUUAA